CAGCUGUGCUUCCUGGUGCUCAGAAGAGGAGAAGUGAAACACACUGCGAGCUCAACUUCUCAGGAAGACAGCGAGGAGAGAGAGAGAGAGAUGGUUUAAAAUGUGUCUCAGGUAGCCAGAGAGAUAGAUAAGUAGAUAGAGAGAGAAAUAGAGAGGUGCUGAGGUCCCUGUUGCUCAUCAAAGCUGCGACGAUGCUGUAGCCAUGGACAGCAGAAUACGUGAGAAUCCAGAAAGGCUGUUUGAUUUGGUGCUACAGGUGGCAUGUCCGUCGUCUGAAAACGAAGAUCCGACAGUGCUGUGGAAGUUCCCCCAGGACUUUGGAGACCAGGAGGUCCUGCAGACGGUGCCCAAGUUCUGUUUCCCGUUUGAUGUAGAAAGAGUGUCCCAGAAUCAGGUGGGUCAGAACUUCACGUUUGUGCUGACUGAUAUCGACAGCAAGCAGAGGUUCGGAUUCUGCCGUCUCACCUCCGGCUGCAAGGUGUGCAUCUGCCUGCUCAGCUAUCUUCCCUGGUUUGAGAAUUACUACAAGCUGCUAAACGCCUUUGCAGACUACUUAGCAAAACACCAGGAAGACGAACUGAGUGAAGUGUUGGAGAAGCUGCACAGGCUGGCCGUGCCCAAACCGAACACAGCCGUAACUCUGAGCUUGCACUUGCACUUUGUUGCCCCAGAUAUUACUGGACUUCCUACCAUACCUGAAAACAGGAAUCUAACGGAGUACUUUGUGGCAGUGGACGUGAAUAACAUGCUGCACCUGUACGCCAGCAUGCUGCAUGAGCGGCGCAUCAUCAUUACCUCGAGUAAGCUUAGCACUUUAACCGCAUGUGUGCAUGGCUCAGCUUCCAUGCUCUACCCCAUGCACUGGCAACACAUCUACAUCCCUGUUCUUCCCCCACACCUGCUGGACUACUGCUGUGCACCCAUGCCAUAUCUGAUUGGAGUUCAUCUGAGCCUGUUAGAGAGAGUGAAGAGCAGAUCCCUGGAAGACGUGAUCAUUCUAAACGUGGACACGAACACGCUGGAGAGUCCUGCCGACGACCUGCACAGCCUGCCCAGCGAUGUGGUCUCGAGUCUGAAGAGUAAGCUGAAGAAGCAGUCGACUGCCACGGGCAGCGGAGUGGCUCGGGCCUUCCUGCGCGCUCAGGCUGCACUGUUUGGCUCCUAUCGAGAUGCUCUGAGAUACAAGCCCGGAGAGGAAAUCACCUUCUGUGAAGAGAGCUUCGUGGCACACCGCUCCAGCACCAUGAAGAGUUUUCUUGAGAUGGCUGUGAACCUGCAGCUCUUCAAGCAGUUCAUCGAUGGCAGACUGGCCAAAUUAAAUGAAGGAAGGGGUUUCACAGAUGUCUUUGAAGAAGAGAUCACAGAGGGGGGCUUUUGCGGAAGUAAUUCUAGGUCUUAUCAACAGUGGAUGCAUACCGUGAAGAAAGGCGUGAAUAAGGCGAGUCCGGUGGUGAAAUCUGCUUACAAGAUUGCAAAAGUUCAUGCAAAAAAAGGCUUACGCGGUGUGAAGGACCGGAUGAGACUUAAGGACACUGAGGAGGAAGGUGUUCUGUACUGUACAGGUUCUCCCACCAGCACUAAAAGCCUUUCACCGAGAAGGCUACAGAAGAGAAGGUACCAGAAUCAAAAUUCCCAUAAGUAUGCCGACUUUCCGGACUAUCCCAUUGACAUGGAAGAUGAACUGGACACAGCUAGCAAAAUCUCCUCAGAGGACAGUGGGGAGACGCCAUUCUACAUGGAGGACAGUGAUGACUCGUGCGAGUUGGACCAUGAGGCAGGACAGACAGGCCAAAUGAAUUUGCUGGAAGAGAUCCUAGAUUCACUGAGCACCACUACGUUAGAUCAUGGCUCAAGACUCUCCUCAGCCAAGAGCCUUGAUUUCUUCAGGUCCAUGGAUGAGAUCGACUGCAGUACCACGAAUAUGUCUCUAGGUAAGACCAGUCCAGUUCAGGCUGGUGAAGUGGGCACUGCCACCAGUGGAGAUCAGAGUGGCUGGAACAUGGGGCAGGAUGACAGCGCCAUCAAUGGCAAGCACCUCCCUCCUUCUCCUCGUCGCCAAUGCAGCACUCGCUCACUGCCAGCAACUUCUACCAAACCCUGCGAGACCCUUGCAGACACGAGGAAUUCUCUCACGGAGCCUCCCACUCAGCCCUUGGCAUUUGAAAUAGGCGAGAGCGCCAGCCCUCCUGUCCAGCUAGAGCUUCCCUCGGACCUGAAACUGAGCCCAGAGACAGAGGGCUGCAGUGGCCUGAGGAGGAAAGUCCUAUCCAGAGAGACUCUGAGGCACUACCAGGAGCUUUCACAACAUGGUGGAAGUAAUAGGCAGUCCUCACUUCUUAUUCCUUGGGAGAAAGAGAACAAAGGCAGCAGAGAAGAGAUGGUCCAAGAGGAGGCCGUGGUGCAGGAAAAAGGCUUGCUGGAGGAAAUUGAGUGUCGCCUCAAUGCAGCACUGAACUCUAACUUGUAACUCAGGCCAGUCCACAACAGUACUGUACAGUACACGAUUGGACAAAAGAGAAUGUGAGCCUCCUUCUUCCUUUCCUACAUGUACACCAUUCUCUUUCUGAAUCAGAGCUACUUUUUGCAUCAUUUACUGAGUUUUAUCUGUGCGUACUUGUAGUUACUUUAAGAAUGGUUUGAUUAAUGGGUGUUUAUAUGGUUGUUUGGUGAAAUGAUUAGUGUAUUGUAGGUGAUUCCAAGGGGCAGCACAGCAGCAGGUUAUAUUGCUGUCUCACAGCACCAGGAUCCAUGGUUCGACCCGGAGCUCAGGUUGCUGUCUGUGUUACGCAUGUUCUCCCUGUGUGUUUGUGGGUUUCUUCUGAGUGCUACAGCUUCCUCCAACCUCUUGAAAACAUGCCAGUAGCUGGAUUGGUUAAGAUCAAUUGCUCCUUGGUGUAAAUAAGUGUGCCAAUGUGUGUUUGUGUGUGUGCUCACAGUCCCCAGUAAUGGACUGGCCUCCCAUCUAGUGUGUAUUACUGCCCUAUGCCCAGUGUUCCUGGGACAGGCAUCGGAUCAGCCGUGCCCCUGACCAGGAAACAACGCUUACUGAAUAUGAGUGAGGUGAUUCCAAGCCAGUAAUUUGCACUUCCAAACAGGUACAUAAGUUGAUCACUGUAAUUCAAAAUUUUUAGAGAACAAGGUUCUGUCCAAAUUAAUAUAUUUUUACUAAAGACUAUUUUUUGAACAAAACAGUAUGCCUUAAACGUAUUUCUGAUUUGCCUCUGGUACUAUGCAGUGUUCUUUAACCAUGAAUCUGGACUCAUGCUACCUUAGAUGUCUGAAGCUGUAAGUCAUUCUUAAUUUUUUUUUGUGUGGUGUACAUGUAUACCUCAGAAAGAACAGCAUGUUCUGUUACAAUGUAGGUAAUGCUUCUUUUCCCAAGACUCUUCUCAGGUUAGUGUUUUCUUUAGUUAUACUGUUUAUAUGGUGAACUUGGGCGUUUCUGUAUAGUAGAUGCUAUGCAGCGUUGUUUUUUUUUGUGUGUGUGUGUUUUUGUGUUUUCAUUUACUACACUUGCCUCUAAGGGACAUGUCAACCGAGCUGUAGGUGAACACAUGGGUAUGGUUUGUGAAAACAGGAUCCUGGUUUCUUCGUUACUGUAGCCGCAAAGUGUUUUAAUACAAGUAUGCUGAAUCUUGGAGUGCUUGAUGGAAAUGGAAAAUGUGCGCAGUUCUAGUGCAAAAACAAAAAAAAAUCAUUUUUGUUCACGUUAUACAAUUAGACAAUAUAUUAUUCCCCCCUCCCAGAAGGUUUAGAUAUUGUCUGUAUUUCAAGUGUUCAGUUUCAAUUCAAUUCAGUCACAAUUCACAUUCAGCUUUGACGUGUCCAGCACGAAGGGCGAUUCGUUUGGGCUGAUGUGUUAAGCGUCCUAUGUGUGGUGAUUUAUUCUAUUUAUCAAUCUAUCAGACAUUUUAAAAGCUAACAUCACCCCGUAGCGCACGUGUGUGUGUGUGUGUGUGUGUGUGUGUGUGUGUGUGUGUGUGUGUGUGUUGCUUAUGUGGUGGUACAAAACAUUCCAUGUGUUAUCAGUAUGACUUUUUUUUCUGUAUGGUCAAGUUGUCAUGACUUUAAGGUAUUUAUCAGGUAUUUAAACAGAAAGCCCUGUGUCUUGUUCGGAGUCAUUUUAAUUUUUAAAUAAUGAUGUAUUCUGCUAUAUUAUUGUUCAAAGUGGUAUUACUUAACCAAACAAGUGGGCCUCAUUGAUCAAUCUUUUAGUAAAGUUGUGUUUAAAUGUUUGUGUAAACCAAUCCAGACAACGUUUUUUUACAACGUUUUUGGAAGCGCUGAUUUUCUUCGUACUUGCAUGUGUAUGUUGAUGAGUGCCAAUCACCUGUAAAUUACCAAGCGUGUCCCCGACACAUCUUAUUUGCAUGUAGUGACACCCACAAAUACUCCAUAAAAGUUCCAAGUGCACAGACAGCUGGCAGCAGUAAAUAAACGAUCAGGGUAAAGCCCGAAUAACAGGUGGACGUUAUUUUGACUCACUUCUAUGCCAAUAAAAAUAUGUAAUAAUAUCAAUAAUAAAAAGCAAGCUUUUAUGAAAAUCUUGAAAAUAAUCAAAAUAUUCUGUCAGCUGUGGGAUUUGUUUAAGUCUUACGGCUAUUUGCAGACAGACCGGCCCGUUUUUUGUUUAUACGGUGCCAUUUCUUUUGUCAUAAUUAAACGACAUUUGUUUGGUUUAA